UCGCAACGUCACAGGCAAGGGCCGCCAUUUUGACUGAGCAACCCUAGUGACAGGAGCCGAAGCAGCAGCGCAGGUUGUCCCCGUUUCCCCUCCCCCUUCCCUUAUCCGGUUGACUUCCCGGGCCCCCUACACUCCACAGUCCCAGUUCCGCCAUGUCCCAGAAACAAGAAGAGGAGAACCCUGCGGAGGAGGCCGGCGAGGAGAAGCAGGACACACAGGAGAAAGAAGGUAUUCUUCCUGAGAGAGCUGAGGAGGCAAAGCUAAAGGCCAAAUAUCCAAGCCUAGGACAAAAGCCUGGAGGCUCCGACUUCCUCAUGAAGAGACUCCAGAAAGGGCAAAAGUACUUUGACUCAGGAGACUACAACAUGGCCAAAGCCAAGAUGAAGAAUAAGCAGCUGCCAAGUGCAGGACCAGACAAGAACCUGGUGACUGGUGACCACAUCCCCACCCCACAGGAUCUGCCCCAGAGAAAGUCCUCACUCGUCACCAGCAAGCUUGCGGGUGGCCAAGUUGAAUGAUGCUGCCCAGGGCUCCACCAGAUCCUGAGACGCUGCCCCCCUGGGUCCUGUGCUGGCUCCUGCCCCUCCCUGCUUUUGCAGCCAGGGGUCAGGAAGUGGCUCAGGUGCGGGCUGGAGAGGCAGAAGCCCCUGCCUAUUGGUGUCCCAGCGCAUGGAGCCCCUUGGGCUGAGCACCAAGACCUUGAACCUUUUUUGUUUUACCUUUUUUCCAAAUAAUUGUUGCGAGAAAUCUCAAUGAAAUCCUGGGAGUGUGGUGAGAGGGUGGGGUGGAAGAUUUGGGGGAAUAUGAAUUUGGGAUUGGAAUUGAUAAAAACAUUCCCUACUAUCCUUCUUAACUAUGUGGCUGGUGUGGGGUGGGUGUGAGAGGGAGGAAGUGGAGUAGACUAAAGAUAAGGGGUUCUAAUUCAGCUCUGUAGAUAAAUGCUUUGUUUGGAUGUGGCUGGAGACCUUGUGUCAGAUAAAAGAAACUCUCAAUCUACAUAUGACCGAUGCAAACAGCUCCUCCGGUUCUGCAGAGCAAUCUGAGAACUCAAUGUUAAUUGUUCAUUAAGAAAAACUGAUAUUCCUUGAAAUAGAUUUGCUAUGGGGAGAAAGGCAGUGAGUAUGGGGGAGAGGAGCCAUGAGUGUGGGGAGCCCCACAGGGCCCAAGGAACAUUUUCAUUAUUUGAAAUAAAAAAAAAAAAAAGACCCAUGAAAAACCCAACCUAGAAA